GCCAUGCCGUUUGAGACCGAGCCUUUAGCAGUAAGAGAGGUGUCAGUGCUAGCAGCCAUUAUCCAAGUAAUGGACGUCAAUACCAUUUCCCGUACUGCAGCAGCAUCGUUAGUCUCAGAUCAGGUUGUACACCUUGGCUCCAGCCCGCCCUUCGCCGCACGCCGUAACUGUGUAAGGGCCUAUGGAGCCGUCAACGAACCAACUGCUACAGAGUAUGUAAGCCUCCUCAGACAUAUCCACAGAUGCCUUAAUAGGAACAGUACAACCGUACCGAGCGGACGCCGUCGCCCUCUCUGACCUCAAUUCCUAAGAGACUGAUGCCCUUUAUCGAACGCGUUAGCGCAUCAGCGUGCAUCUCAUCCAACCAGGAUUGUCGCGAUCACAGUAGGGUCAUAGGUAUGGAAGGCUCAUGCUAUCGUCGUGAAUGCAAGAGACGAAGUACGCCAGCCUUGCUCCGGAUGUCGAGAGGUAGCACUUCUUCCGCUUCGUGAGCGGUACACCCACGUCGGUUAUUUGCGAGGACGCUACUCUGCCGACUAUCGCGCAUACGCGUACUACCUUCCAGACGCCAAUCUGUCGAGUUCAGUUCGUGGCUUGUGCUGGA